AUGCGAAUCGCCACAUUACAAUUCGCCCCCAGGGUGGGCGACGUCGACGGUAACAUCAAAAGGGCCAACGAGUUGCUGAACGGCGGCAAUGUGGUCGGGGGCGCUCAAGCCGGGAUUGAGAGCCUGAAGCCUGACCUCCUGGUGUUGCCGGAACUGGCUCUGACGGGGUACAAUUUUCCCUCGCUGGAAGCCAUCCGGCCGUUCCUUGAGCCGGCGGGGAAGGGUGUAUCAGCUGCGUGGGCCCGUGAGACAGCUACGCGUCUCAGGUGUAAGGUGUGCGUGGGGUAUCCCGAGAUUGAAAUAGCGGCAGGUGGGGACUGUAGCGCGCAACGGCAGGAGAAGUACUACAAUUCCUUGCUUGUUGUGGAUGAGGAGGGGGAGGUGCUGCUGAAUUACCGCAAGACGUUCCUCUACUUCACGGAUGAGACGUGGGCGUUUGAAGGUACCGCGGAGCGAGGGUUCCACGAGCUCGUCUUUAACUUCGGUUCCUCUGGAGAAGAUGUGCUGAAGUCUCGGGUGGCUACGUCGUUUGGGAUAUGUAUGGAUAUCAACCCAUAUAAAUUUGAAGCUCCCUUCACGGCUUGGGAGUUCGCAAAUCGGGUCAUCGACUCCAAGUCCCAGCUGGUUAUUCUGUCGAUGGCCUGGACGACGUUUAUGAGCCGCGAGGAUCUGGAUGCGCUGGCUGAUAAGCCGGAUUUGGAAACGUUUAAUUACUGGAUACAGAGAUUUUGGCCUCUAGUCAGGCAGAAGAUGCGACACGAUCUUGAUUUAGGAUCUGAUGGCCAUGAGACCGAAUGUGCAACGGAAAAGAAGAUUGUCAUUGUCUUUGGGAAUAGGUGUGGAGAGGAGGGAUCGACGCGCUAUGCGGGGACAAGUGCGAUUAUCGCUAUUACGCAGCGCCCGUGGUUGGUGCGGGAGGGCGACGCUGGGGAGGAGUUACCGUUCGAUGUGAAGAUCCUUUGCUGGGAUAUACUGGGUGCGACGACCGAGGGCAUUUGCUUUGCUGAUACUACAGCUGAUCCGAAGACGGUGUUUGGAUUGGUUAAGGCGUCGCGGACGUGA